GUGAGGCACUGCACACUCUACGACACGUUGCGUGUGAUGAUAGUUACCCACUAACCAUCAGUGAUAAUCUUCCUUGGUUGAUUAUUUGUACAUGCUAUUUGUAUAAGAAUUCAGCGCAUAUUAAAAUCGACUUUUGCUGGUUUCGUCUAAGAAAUAUCUACACUCGAACUCAAUAACGGCAUCGAUCAUUGCCUCAAGGGAAAGAAAUUGUCAAUUGACAACGUGGGCGAAAGACUGCGUAUUUUCUUUAAUUGCUUUGCGACCAGUGGAUGUAAAAAAAAUAUUUUAGGAUGAAUAAAGAGGGUUCUCCGCAGAUCAUUGAACCUACCUACUCGCAUGUCUUCAACUUCGAAAAAAAAUACUUUUAUCCAGACACUCAAAAAUGGAUCCAGAAUAAUUUUCAGUAUUGCUACUACUGCUGUAUUAUUUACGUGAUCCUAAUUUUUGGCGGCAAGUACUACAUGUCGAGCAGACCAAAGUUUGACUUGAAGCGUCCGCUUGCAUUAUGGAGUGGAUUCUUUGCAGUGUUCUCCAUUAUCGGAUUUUGUAGAACAGCACCGGAAAUGUUCUCUACAUUGAGACAUCAUGGGUUUUACCACAGUAUUUGCAUACCUAGCAACCUUUUGCAAGAUCAUGUUUCUGGCUUUUGGACAUGGGUAUUUGUCCUAUCAAAGAUCCCAGAAUUUGGUGAUACGAUCUUCAUUGUGUUACGAAAGCAACCAUUGAUAUUUCUACAUUUUUACCAUCAUUUAACUGUUGUUCUUUUCUCUUGGUUCACAUAUGCGGAGACUACAGCACUCUCAAGGUGGUAUACCGUAAUGAACUACUUUGUUCAUUCCUGGAUGUAUUCUUAUUAUACCUUAAAAGCAAUGCAAUAUAAAUUACCAAAAGGCUUUGCCAUGAUGAUUACUACGAUGCAGCUGGUACAAAUGGUGAUUGGUUGCAUUGCAACUAUUGUGGCUUACUAUUAUCCAGAAAUUCGUGGACUUGAAUGCUACAUUACGCGUAAAAAUGUUAUAUUUGGUUUCGCCAUCUACUUCAGUUAUUUAAUCCUAUUUGGAAAAUUCUUCUUCAAGGCUUAUCUUUCCGACAAACGAAAAAACAAAGUCGGAGAGAACGUUCACGUCGAUGGAAGAAAGGAGUAUUAUAAACCAAAGACUAGCUAAAGUAUAUCAAAGUUUUUGAAAUCUUUCUCUAUAAACGCUUUCUGAUAACGUUUCGUGAAAACACUUAUAACGUAUUUUGGGAGUCUGCAUUAGUUUACAACAAUAGAAAUUGGUUGUGACAUAAUGCAAGUGAUAAGAUAUUUAUUUAUUGUAAACCAUUUAGUGUAUUUGAUGUUAAGGUAUGUAUGUUGUGUAUGUAUGUUAAGGUAUGGGAUACGAUGGUUUUCAAAAAAGUUGCUCAUGAAGAAGUUAGAAUACAUGGAAAAUCAAGAGCGAAAUUUCGUUAAGCAUAUCUUCGAAAUAUUUUUAGGUAACAUUAGUAAGAAAAAUGGAUUCACAAAAAAUAAGAUACGUUCAGAUAUAUGAUUUUAACUGUAUUUUUGUUUGCCGAAUAAAUUUAUUCUUAAAUACGGUAAGGAGAUGUUUUAAUGACAAACAGUUUAGUAUUUCAUGUAAUCGAUAAUUGAUGACUUCUUGGAAUUUUUGACUUAACUGACACUCUGAUUAAAUGUCCAAUAAUAUUAAAGGCUAUUACGACGUUUGCUCUAAUAUCGUCAUUAUACUCAUGGAAAAUCUCUGAUCGUAAAAUAAAUACAGAAUGAACAACAGUGCAUAUCAAUGCAUAAACAUUGUGAAAAAAGCUUUGUUAAUUAAAGAACAAAAUUCAGUGUGUCUAUGUAUGUAGUGUAAUCGUAAUCCAUGGCUAUACAAGGAAAAAGGAAAUUAAUAAAAACAGAAAGAAAGUUUA